GAGCAGACGAGACUGCAGGGUAGAGAAGCCGGAAGUGCCGCGUUGUUCCCUGGCUAGCACUACGAAGUUCCGGCUCAGGUCGCCUACCUCGAGUUUGUGCGGCGGUAGUGUCGGAGUCCGGUGGAGCUGGUCAGGAUGAUCACGGACGUGCAGCUCGCCAUCUUCGCCAACAUGCUGGGCGUGUCACUUUUCUUGCUUGUGGUCCUGUAUCACUACGUGGCAGUAAACAACCCCAAGAAGCAGGAAUGAAAGUGGCGCUUUCUCCGCCCCAGGGUUCCAGGACAUAGUCUGAGGCAAGAUGGAGGGUGUGAGGGGCCUUCACACUUCCCUUCAUCUCUCCUACCCAUCACAGCAUACAAAGCAACUACACCUGGAUUUUUCCAAACAACUUUUAUUUCCUCAAAGUCUUCCUUAACCCUAUGGAGCAAGAAGCUGCCACUGAAUAGGGCCCAGUAUAGGGGCUGCUUUCUUUUCUACUCCCUCCCCCCAAUACAAAAAUAUAGAUAUAUA